AUGAAAGUUGUGGCAAGGUACUUAAGAUCUUUAGGUUUUUCAUCAGUAAUAUAUUUAGAUGACAUACUAUGCAUAGAAAGUUCAUUCGAAAAAUGCCAAAGAAAUAUUAAUCAAACUGUCAAACUAUUGGAAACUUUAGGAUUUCGAGUAAAUUAUCGCAAAUCAGAAUUGAUACCGAAACAGAUAUGCAAGUUUUUAGGUAUUAUAAUUGAUACGAAGGAGUAUGCUAUAAAAUUACCAGAUGACAAGAGAGAACGAGUUUUAAAAUUAGUAGAAAAAUUUUUAAAAAUACAUAAAUGUACUAUUAAGGAAUUUGCUCAAUUAAUUGGCAAACUUAUAUCUUGCUGCAUAGCGAUUGAAUACGGUUGGUUAUAUACCAAACAAUUAGAAAAGGAAAAGAUUUUCCAACUUAUAUUCAAUGAUUAUAAUUACAAUAGUGUCAUGUCAAUACCCAGUAGAGUUAAAGAGGAUCUUUUUUGGUGGAAGAAUAAUAUAAAAGAAAAAAUCCAUUUUAUUAAAACAGUUAAUUUUGCAAUGACCAUUUACACUGACGCAUCCACCACUGGUUGGGGAGCGUCAAACGACUCUAGAAAUAUUUAUGGGUUUUGGUCAGAUGUGGAAUCUAAAUUUCACAUAAACUAUUUAGAAUUAUUAACUAUAAAAAUAGCAUUAGAGGAACUUGCGUCUGAUUUGAAAAAUGAACAAAUACUAAUAAAAACCGAUAACACUACUGCAUUGUCUUAUGUAAACAAAAUGGGCGGUAUAAGGUUUCAAAAAUUUAGUUCUCUAGCUAGAAAAAUCUGGCAAUGGGCGGAAUCAAGAAAUAUUAUUCUGAUAGCUUCAUAUAUUCCUUCGAAAAAGAAUAAAGUGGCUGACAGCCUAUCUAGAAAAAAGAACAUUGAUACGGAAUGGGAGCUAAACCAUAAUUAUUAUAAUGUUAUUGUGAACACUUUUGGAAAACCGUCUAUAGACUUGUUUGCUACUGCUAAAAAUGCAAAAUGUGAACAUUUUAUUUCUUGGGGCCCAGAAAAUAAUGCGUCAUUUAUCGAUGCAUUCACGGUUAAUUGGUCAAAUUUUUAUUUUUACGCCUUUCCACCCUUUUCAUUAAUUCUUAAGGUUUUAUCAAAGAUAAAACGUGAAAAGGCGUAUGGAAUUGUGGUCAAUCAUCCACCCAAGAUCGAAACACUUACGAAUGAUAGCUUGCAGAGUAUCAGGCAAGCCUUUUUAAAUAGAAAGAUGUCAGAAAAAUCUACAGAUUUAAUUUUGGCAUCAAUAAGUAAAGCAACACUAAAACAAUACGCAGGACCGUUAAAACAAUGGAAAAGUUAUUGUGAGAAAAAUGAUCUUGAUAUGUUUGAUGUUAAACCAAAUAAUUUGAUAGAAUUUUUAACUAUACGCUUUGAUGAAGGUGCCUCAUAUGGCACAAUCAAUUCAUGUAAAUGUGCCAUAUCUCUUCUUACCAAAGAUAAAGUUGGUAGUCAUUGCGAUGUAGUUAGAUUCAUGAAAGGUGUUUGGAGAUCAAGACCUCAAAAACCAAAGUAUUCUAGUACUUGGGAUGUUGCGAUAGUAUUGAAUUAUUUAAAAAAAAUUAAUGUGUCAGAUGUCAAAAAUCUAACAAUUAAGACCGUAACUCUCUUAGCCUUAUGUUCUGCUCAAAGAGCUCAAACUAUUUCAAAAAUUAGGUUAAGUCAAAUCAAAAAAGUCCCUAAUGGACUUGAAAUAAACAUUCCAGAUUUAAUAAAAACUUCCGGCCCAGGCCGCUACCAGCCAGUCUUACAAUUAGCAUUGUUUAAUGAGAACCCAAGCCUUUGCCUGGUUUCAUCUAUUUUGUCUUACAUAAAACAGACCGAGUCAUCGAGAGAUGGCAUUGAUGAAUUGUUUUUGUCAACUGUAAAACCCAUUCACGCCGUUAGUUCUACUACGAUCAGUAAAUGGGUUAAAAAAUGUUUGAAAGAAAGCGGAAUUGAUGUGUCGAUUUUUUCGGCUCACUCUACACGACACGCAUCUACGUCAACAGCGGCUGAAAACGAUGUUGACUAUGAUACUAUAAGACGAACGGCUGGCUGGUCUGAAAGUUCUCAAGUUUUUGCAAGGCAUUAUAAGAGACCUAUUCAAAAAGAUGGGUUCGAUUUUUCAAAAGUUGUAUUACAGAGAAGUUUACAAAAAUAA